UAUCAUUACAGAUUUUUGUUAGAGACAGAGAAACAAACAUCCACAAAGUAAGAAAAGAAAGAAACAUGAAUCUUAAUGGAACGCCUAAAAAACCUUCUAGUAGUGUGACCAAACAGCACUCUCCUUCUGUCACAACCAGAAUUGUGAAUAAUUUAAAUCCUAUAUGCCAAGCCACCCAACAGUUAACUCUCAAGGGGAAGUUUGUGAUCACAUACAACCAAAGCAAAUCAAUACCUGGAAAAUUGGUUUGUGUUCAGAUUUAUAGUGGGACUGAUGUGGAUCCUGAGACUGGUAAAGGGAAGUUGAGCGAGAAAGCCUAUUUCAAAUCGGGUGAGAGCAUUAAACAUAGCCAUGAUGCACAAACCAUGACAUAUAAAAUUAAGAUACAUGUUGACUUGCAUUUUGGGACUCCAAGAGCUUUUGUGAUUCAAAACCAGCAUAAGAAGAAAUUCUUCCUUCAGUCUGCAUCUAUUGAGACUUCUAACACUCGCAUCAUUCACUUUGAUUGCAAUUCCUGGAUAUAUCCUACCAAGAAGACCAAAUACGAUAGACUCUUCUUCUCUAAUAGAUGCUACCUUCCAAGUCAGACACCAAGUUCACUAGUGGAACUAAGAAAGGAGGAGCUUGAUAGAUUGAAGGGUAACGGAAUGGGAGAAAGAAAGGAAUGGGAAAGAAUCUAUGACUAUGACUACUAUAAUGACCUUGGUGAUCCUGACAAAGGUCCAGACCACCUUAGACCUGUCCUCGGUGGCUCAAGGCUGUAUCCAUAUCCUCGUAGAGGAAGAACAGGUCGAAAACAUAGUACAGCAGGUCCAUCAAGUGAGAUCCGGCCACAACCAAUGAACUUUAACAUAUAUGUUCCAUCAGAUGAGAGAUUUGGCCCCAACAAAAUGAAGGAGUUGAAAUCAAAUUGUGUCCAUGCUAUGGGACAUUUUUUAUCACCAAAGUCAGAAUUAUAUCCACGACAAAAUUCUGCAAAUUUUCAAUCUUUGGAAGAGAUACUUGACAUGUUCUCUAGCAAUAGGAACCAGACAAUAGAGGGAUGGAUGAUAGAAAACUUGAAGAAACUAAUACCUGUUGAGCACUUAAAGGAAAUAACUCAAGCAAUCAAGGAAAACCGCGGGCAAUUACCUAUCCCUCAAAUCAUAUCUGAAAAUGAAUGGGCUUGGAAAGAUGAUAUGGAGUUUGGACGGCAAAUGCUUGCAGGAACUCACCCCACCAGAAUCCAGUGCUUAAUGACAUUCCCACCUCAAAACAAAUUCGGAAUAGAUAGUUCAAUUAAACAAUCAAUCAUAGAACAGAAGCUAGAAGGAUGGACACUUUCACAAGCAAUGGAACAGGGAAGAAUAUUCAUAUUGGACCACCAUGACUAUCUCAUUCCAUAUUUGAACAGAAUAAAUGCAAAUGGGGUAUGUGCUUAUGCAUCCAGGACUCUACUAUUCUUAAGGAGUGAUGGCAUGCUUAAGCCAUUGACAAUAGAACUUAGCUUGCCUGGCCCAUCUCCUCACCUUGAAAUCAAUAGAGUUUUUCUUCCAGCCAAGCAGGGAACACAAGCAGCACUUUGGCAACUUGCUAAAGCUCAUGUUUUAGCUAAUGAUGCUGUUUACCAUCAACUAAUUAGCCAUUGGUUAUACACCCAUGCAGUUGUUGAACCAUUUAUCAUUGCCACCAAAAGAAGGCUAAGUGUUAUGCAUCCUAUACACCGGUUGUUGAAUCCUCAUUUCAAAGACACCAUGCACAUAAAUGCCUUGGCAAGACUCAUCCUUAUAAACUCAGGAGGAAUUCUUGAGCGAAUAUUAUUUCCUGGUGAAAUCUGCAUGCAGAUAUCUAGUGACCUCUAUAAGGAAUGGAGAUUCAAUGAACAAGGACUUCCUGAUGAUCUACUCAAAAGAAAAAAAAUAAGAGAGACGAGGUAA